UUCAGAGACGGUCGCAGUCGCUUUUCAGACACGGUCGCGUGUGGGCAAGGUGGGAAAGCACUUAAUUGGUUUCAGUUCCUCUGAUGGCAAAGAGGUAGGAACUUGGUAUGUCCGGUUGUUAGUGGGGAUCCGACGGUGUAUUCCAGGGAUCUUGACGGCUUUUUCGAAGGAUACAUCGACGUUCAGAAUGGGGGAAAGAGAGAGGAGCACGAAAACGGCGAUCCGAGUGGGUUUCUACGAUAUCGAACGGACUAUUGGAAAAGGAAAUUUUGCUGUAGUGAAGUUGGCGAGGCACAGGAUAACUAAGACGGAGGUAGCAAUUAAAAUCAUAGACAAGUCGAAACUAGAUGCCGGAAACUUACAAAAAGUUUACAGAGAAGUUGACAUAAUGAAAAGACUGGAUCAUUCUCACAUAGUAAAACUAUACCAGGUUAUGGAGACGAAAAAUAUGAUCUACUUGGUUUCGGAAUAUGCAAGCGAAGGAGAAAUAUUUGAUUAUAUAGCUAGAUAUGGCCGAAUGUCAGAAGAGCAAGCAAGGCAGAAAUUUUGGCAGAUUUUAUCAGCUGUUGAAUAUUGUCAUAAUCGUAACAUUGUACAUCGAGAUUUAAAGGCUGAGAAUCUUCUUUUGGAUUCAAAUAAUAAUAUUAAAAUAGCGGAUUUUGGUUUUUCGAAUUAUUACUCAACUACUGGUCAACUUUCAACGUGGUGUGGUUCACCCCCUUAUGCCGCACCUGAGGUCUUCGAAGGCAAAAAAUAUAUAGGUCCAGAAAUCGAUAUAUGGAGCCUUGGGGUAGUAUUGUACGUGCUUGUUUGUGGUGCCUUGCCUUUUGACGGUAGCUCCCUUCAGGCAUUGAGAGACAGGGUUUUGUCUGGCCGAUUUAGGAUACCAUACUUUAUGAGUUCUGAUUGUGAAUCACUCAUUCGGAAAAUGUUAGUGUUGGAACCUACCAAGAGAUACUCUGUAGCUCAAAUAAAAAAACAUAGAUGGAUGCAAAUGAUGGUACCACCAACUACCGCCCCAGUCAUCCUUGCCUCCAACAAACAACCUAACGAACAGAUUCUGAGGCUAAUGCAGAGCUUGGGGAUUGAUAGUUCGAAGACAAGAGAGUCAAUCAGACAAGGCAGUUACGAUCAUCACGCAGCAAUAUAUUUUUUACUUCUUGAUAAACUCAGAGUGCAGCUAGCGGGCGUUGAAAGCCAAGCAGCAGUUCGUGAGGUCCAAAGAAGACGACCAUCGAAUAUCGCAGAGCAGGCCAUGAGAAAAUUUGGCAGAGCGAAUACAAGUGAAGAUUGUAGGCGCCUCUUGCAACAGUGCUCAUCGGCAACACCUACAGCCAGCAAUAGUAAAAUAAGCUCAGGGUCUAGUAUCAACAGGACAUGUGGUUCCUCACCUAUCCACGGCAUCGAUUCAGCAAAGCUUUUGGCAGCCACCAAUCCAGAAGAUGCUUUGAGGAUAUUGAACCAAGCCACUACCAACUCCUUUAGCAUAUGCAACGAAGCUACAAAACUCAUGUCUACCCUACAAAUGAGCGCAGUUCCUUGUGCAUCCAUGAUGUCAUCAGCUUCUGGAGAGCCUCCCCUUCCUACGUUGAGGGAACCUCUUAAAGUAUUCACUUACACUCAUUGCGCGGUAAACCCCUUACCCUUCGAAAUCUUCGCCAGCAAAGGGUCUUUGAACAGGUUUUCUACAAGCAGUUUCAGGAGUGGGGAUGGUCAAAAUCAGUAUUCGAGCUCUACGGACGAAGGAGUCGAAACUGACAUAGAGGACCAUACUCCCAGGCUUAGCUACAAGUCAUCCAGUUCCUCCAAUGGAAUGGCGGGUGCUUUGAAUGCUUCUAAGAGCCUCAGUCAAAAUUUGAGCUGUGAUAGUAACUUCGAAAGUUUAGAAUAUCCACUAAUCGAAUCCAAUGAUCUGGCUAGUAGUUUACCGAGUUGUACUGCCAGUGAUCUGAAGUCCGAUAAGAUAGGAGGCAGUAUUGUUACUUCAAAUUAUUCUAUGAAACCUAGGCUGAUCACAACAAAACAUAAUCCUUUGGUGCAUAUGUCAAGUUACAAGACUACUCAAAGGGAAGUCACAAGGUCACCUAUCGAUUUUCGGGAAGGUAGAAGAGCUAGUGAUGGUUUAGUUGCUCAACAAGUAGCUGAAGGCGAAAGUAACAACGUGGUUGCUUUCAAUUCUCAGAAAUUGAAUGAAAACUGUAAGACUAAAGGGGUCUUAGACAUGCACCUAGUCCAGAGAGAGGCUCAACGCUUACAAUCGAAGUACCAAGCCAAAGAACCGCCGGAAGAGACAAAUCAGAAGCAGAAACAACAUAUUCAAUACCUACAACCCCGUGUCAGUAAACGAAUAAGUCUACCAGACAAUUUCAGUUAUACCCCUAAUGUUCAAGAACCUCUUCAUCUACAAACAGCCAUGCAACAUAGAUUAUUACAACAAAAAAGGCAGAUAUUACAAAAACAAUGUGCGAUGACCCAUCAAGCAAGUAACAGCGUUGGAGUUCCUGUUGAUCCUCAUAGAAGACAAAUGUUGAGGCAACCAAGUUACAAAAUUGCUCAGCAACAGCCUGUCUUACCUCCACUUCCACUAAAUGAAACUGAAAACCAGGAUCUACUUGCAUUUCAAGCGAUUGUAGAAAAUCCUUUUGAAGUAGCUUGGACAGCUCUACCAGUUAACUUGCAGAACUCUUGCCAAAUAGGUGAUACUGCUACUGCACCACUGGAAUGGCCAACUUCCUCAAAUUGGAGCCAACAGGGAACUCAAUUCCCUGUGAAUCCCUGGCCACCAUUACUUCCACUGAGCGAAAGCCCUCUUUUGGAGCUUACAGAGCAAAUGGAGUCAAUGUGAAUUAUUAGUUAUUAUAGUUAUUGUUUUAGUUAUAGAUGGUUAAAGGUUUACUUGAAUUUAGUUGCAACUUAUUUAUGAGCGUUUAAAGGAUUUUUAUUUCUCGGGAAUAACAUAUUUCAUACAAUAAGGGAGUAUUUAUAUUUUUUACAUUUUCUAAUUAUUACAGAAUACUUAUUGUCCGCACUUAUAAAUGAACUGUUCUAUGGAUAUUUCGUCUAAAUAUGUUUUCAUUUUUAUUCAGAUUGUGAAGGUUGGAAUUAAUAAUUAUUGAAGCUUAUUAUCACAUAUUCACUAAAAUCAUUUUUUAUAAUGGAACAGAAGCAAGUCACUGAAAAAUUUUCAUAAGUGAAGUUAUGAAAAUAAAUAAGAGAAGAAGUUAAAUUUCAUCAAUUUUGUGCUCAAAUUGUCCAACAAAAUCUGUUGGAUGGCCUAUAGAGAAUUGUUUCCUAAUAAACUCCAGUGACUAAUUCGUGUGAGACUUUCUUGUGAAUAAAUCACUUGUACGAGAUGAUUAUAAAAUUCAGUUUGCGAUAUUUUUGAAUUGAAGUUAAUAGGAUAAGGCAAUAUUUUCCUAGUGAUCACUUAGAAUAGAGAAUUGAUAUUUUUAGAAUUGUAUGUUACUUAAGAAUAUUACGUCUGGCCACUUGAUAAUAAAAUUCACAUUCCUUCAAAUUAAUUAUUUGGAAAUAGUAAGGUGAAAACGAGAAAAAAAUUGAACUGCCAAAUAAUUGAAUUAUUAUUUAAAUGUUACUUUUUUCAUACAUUCAUCUAUUGAAAGAGGGAAUUUCCUUCCAAGAUGCAAAUUUCCAUUUUUAUCGUUUUAAAUCUUCUUUGGAUAUUUUGAAACUUUCAAUUGAUUCACGUUGCGCUUAUAUUAAAUAUGUAUAUAGGUUUUUGAAGAAGACGCGGCAAUAUUCGAAGAAGUGGUUUCUUAGGUAAUUUUAUAGAAAUAUUCAAAGAAAUUAUAUGUCAAUUUUUUUUUCAAAGGAAUUAAUCUAUAAGAAAAAUUUCUGAUUAAAAACGUUUUUUUCGGAGAAACCAAAUAUCUGGAAAACUAUGGAUUUUAGGACCUAUGUUUACGGUUUGGCGAGAUGCUCUCAAGCCAAGUUUGUGUAAGUACGCCCUUUCUCUAGGAAUUUCAAUGUUUCGUCCCAAGAUCAUCAGUUGGGCUAUCCAGGGAUCUCUGCCCAAGACACAACCUCUCACACCAUCGUGGAGAGGUGACUCUGCACUUGAAGGAAGGAGAACAACUUUUUUUUAGCGGUACAGCAGUUUUUAUAUAAAUUGGUGGUUUAGGUAGGGAUCGGGAAAAGGGAUAGAUUCACAUCAUCAAAGGUUGAAUUAGUUCAUGUUUUAUUUUCCUAAUUGGAAUUGAUAAGACGAGAUGUCUUUUUUUAUUUUGUUAUUUUUUUUCCAAAAAUUACCGAGUUUCCUUUUUGAUAACAUUAUUUAAUGAGUCGAUUUGAGGGUGUUUUUGGAGAUCGCUAAUUUCAGUUCAUCUGGGCAUGUUGAGUAAAAGUCUUAAAUAAUUGUUCUGGAUACGUUGGAGUUUAUCGUAAUUUGUUUUUGAAGUUUCAAUCCAUAUCGGAUUUGCGUAGAGAACCAUUGGCCAUAUACCCUUCUUGUAUAUUUCAAGUUUGGAUUUAGUAGGUACUGAGUUUACUAUCUCUACAAAUCAAUGGGAAGACGCUACUGAGUUGGUUUUACUAAUUAUUUCAUGAAUAUGUUGAUUUAAAUUCAAUUUUUUAUCAAGAUUAACUCUUAAAUAUUUCAAAUAAUUAUUUUCUUCUAUAGGCUGGUUAAAAAAUGUUGUGACGCGAAGCCAGCAAAGCAUGCAGAGUCACUACAAUGAAAACUUGUUUCGAUAAAAUAAUCUUACAAACCACCUCUUUGAAUAUUACCGCGUCUUUUGUUAACUGUAUAUCACUGAAUUUAAAUUAACAGGAAUUUAUUUAGAAUGGAAAAAAUGACUAUAAUAAUUAUCAUCUAUUAUUGUCUUUUCACCUCUCUUUUAACCCUUAAAACAUAUGAUCAUAUUCAUGAUCGUUCAUGAAUACCCAAAAACAAAAUUGAAUUUGAAGCCAUACUAUUCAACGUGAUAUGAAAAUGCUGUGAAAUGCUACGUUUUUAUUUAAUCGAAAACUACAUUUUAUGAAUCUCUUCCCCAUAUUGAAAGAAACGUUUGAAAUUCCUUUACACUAUAAUGGCUAGCACGAUAAUGGAAAUAGAACUCAAUUCUUUGUGACAAUACAUUUAUAUAGAAAUGUGUGUGCUUGAGAGAGUCUCUUACAGUUUCUUUUUAUAUGUAGGUAUAUAUCGAACUAAAACUUUUAGAAGACUGCCAUUAAUUUUUAAGUGAAUGUUUUUAUUUUGUUACAAUUAUGUAGGUAGUUUAUAGAAAUUGUGAGCUUUAAAAUAUAUUCAUAUAUAUGUAUUUUAGAGAUAAAUUCUGAAAAUUUGAUGUAUAAGCUUGUUUAUGUAGUUACCAAAAACAAUCAAUGAUAUUAUCAAUCAAACUCGAACUGUAAUAAUAAGAUAAUAAUUUAUUGAAUGAACGUUUAUUAUAUAACAAAUGAUGUUCCUUGAAUUCAAUGCAAGAUACAUUCAGUGAAUUAAUCAAUGAAGCAGUAAUACCUACUUAUUCGUGCUUUUAAUGAUCAUUGAAUGUUUCGGAAUGAAAGCAACCACAAAAUUAGAGAGGAAGAAACUCAUCCAAAUAAAUAUAAUUUCUAAGAUAUAUUGAAAAAUACAUGCUCCUACAAAUACUAACCAACUAGGUCGCUUUCAAAUCAUUCAUAUAUGAAAUAUUCGAUUUUUUUUUGCAUAAUUGUUAGUUCUCCUGAAAAUAGUAGAAAUAACAACUAGGGUUGAUCUAUUUUCUUGGCACUGACUAUUACAUGC